AUGGACAAACUCGACGAAAGAGAAUCGGGGGUCUCGGUCGAAGCAGCUAGUAAGAACGUCCUCUCGACUUUGGCGCAAAGACUACGCCGAUGGGGCGUGGAAACCAGGGGGAUCCGGCCUAUACCAGUGGAUGAACGCACCGACACUCGAUAUAACCGGAUAUUCUUCAUCUGGCUCAGUUCGAAUUUCAACAUCCUCAGUUUUAGCGUCGGGGCUGUUUUUCCUUCAUACGGACUGAGGUUUAAGGACGCAUGCGCGAUCAUAAUGUGCUUCAAUCUGUUCUUUACCAUCUUCCCUGCAUAUUUAUGUACGUGGGGACCGAAACUUGGCCUUAGGCAAAUGGUCCAAGGACGUUACACCUUUGGAUACUUCGGUGUAAUCCUUCCUUGCCUAUUAAACAUGAUGACGGUAUCGGGCUACGCUGCCUUGACUUGCAUAGUGGGUGGCCAGGCUUUAUCAGCAGUCGGUGGUGGGGGCAUCGGUUUAACCAUCGGCAUUGUAAUCGUCGGUGUUGCUUCUCUAGUUCUAUCAUUCUGCGGCUACAAAGUAUUAAGCUGGUUCGACCAACUUGCAUGGAUGCCUGUCUUCAUUGUCUGUCUCGUCAUGAUAGGAAUAGGCGCGAAACACAUCCGUAUUAACGAUGGAUCUGGACCAGCACCCGCUUUGUCAUCCGUGUUCAACUACGGCUUGCUGGCUGGAGCUGCGAUAUCGUGGUCCGCCGCAAGCUCCGACUUCACGAGCCAUUUCCCUCCGAGUGCCCCAAGCCAAAGACUAUUCUUAUAUGCUUACCUCGGAAUCAUCAUCCCCACGACCGGUAUGUCGAUUCUAGGUGCAGCAUUUGGUGCCGGUGUUGCCAAUGUUCCAUCGUGGCAAGAAGGCUUCGCAGACGCGAAUGUUGGCGGCUUCAUUGCCGCGAUUCUUGAACCCGCAGGAAACUUUGGGAAAUUCCUUAUAGUCUUGCUGGCCCUCGGGGUGAUAGCCAAUAUUGCGAUGAACUUCUAUUGUUUCUGUGUAAACGUUGAGGUCUUUCUGCCCAUCCUGCUCAAUACGCCGAGAUAUAUAUUCUCCCUGGUCGCCGCAGCCAUUGUCAUACCUGUCGCCAUAGUGGGCUCGAGGUCUUUCUCUGAUACACUCGGAAACUUCCUGGGUGUAAUCGCCUACUGGAGUGGCCCAUUCGCCGCCAUUCUCUCGACAGAGCAUCUUCUGUUUAGGCGCGGGAGGCAAGAAAACUACGAUAUCGACAAGUGGAACUCUCCUUCUCAACUACCAAUCGGCUUGGCUGCACUGGCCGCCGGUGCUAUUGGUACAAUGAUGGGUAUCUUAUGCAUGAACCAAGCUUGGUUUGUCGGUCCGAUAGCAAAAACCACGGGCGAUAUAGGGUUGGAAAUGUCUCUUGCUACGGCGUUUGUUAUGUAUAUCCCAUUUCGGUCGUUGGAGAUUUAUUUGUGGAGAGACAUACAGAUGCCCUCCUUGUCUCGCUAA